AUGGGGGUGAGGGGAGAGGAUGAGUUGAAUGAGUUGGAUGAGUUGGAUGAGUUGGAUGAGUUGGAUGAGUUGGAUGAGUUGGAUGAGUUGGAUGAGUUGGAUGAGUUGGACGAGUUUGAUUGUUACGAGGUAUGUGAGAUCCGUCGUAACAUUGAUGAGUUGGAUGAGUUCAUAUAG